UUUUGUUUGAAACUGCAUAUGUAAGCAACUAGUUCUGUGGCUCAUUAAAUCAGUGAUUCUUGCUGAUUGCAUUUUCCUCAUGUCUCAUUCGUAAACAACAGAGGACUCCAGAAGCAAAUAGACUCACCUCUUAACAAAAAGAUCAAGUGAAUUGAAUUGGUAAUUGGAAAAACCGAGAGUAAAAUCCCAAAUGGACAAUGGCCUCUGUCCAACACAAUGACAGCUCAUUGGAGAAACAUAUGGUAUUCCUGUGUCCCGAAUGUGGCAAACAAAAUGAUACACAAUCCGAGUGGCGACGUCACAUCAACAACAUCCAUGGGUAUGCAACUAAGAGUGCCAGUGACUUCAAUUUCAAGGAAAUCGACAGUAAACAUCAUGAGUGUCAAGUAUGCCUUAAAUGGAUUCCAAAUGGUCGCCAAACCCCAGCCGUUUUGCAAUAUCAUCGCUUCAAUCACUUACCCUUUCCCAAGAUAUAUCGUUGUCGGCAUUGUCGUGGUUCAUUUUAUCGUAAACGUUCCCUGAUAGAUCAUCUGUUUCGUAGCCACGCUAGUUUGGUAAACAAACUUGAGCGCACCGCCGUAGUUGCAGCACAUGGCAGUGGUGGUGAUAUAAAAAAUCCCCUAAGGGACCCCAGCAUAAACAAGGAAUUCUAUAUACGUUUCCUGUGCCCUCUGUGUGGUAAAUUGUUUGAACGUUUUCACAUUUGGCUGUUGCAUUUGGAUUCAGCCCAUCCCAGUACAUCGGUGGAUUUGAAUAUGAAUCGGAUAACUGGAACGAAUAAUUACUAUUGCAGUACAUGUUCGUUCACCUUGAAAGAUGGCCCCAGUCGCAGCCAAUUGCAAAGGCAUCACUUCAGCCAUCUGCCAUACCCCUGCUACUUCCAAUGUGCAUUCUGUUAUAGCCGCAAAGAGUAUAAAACGGAACUUUUGCUGCAUUUCAUCAAAUACCACAACAGGGAAUUUGUAAAAUAUAAAAAAUUGAUUGUUAUGCCUGAGGAAUGGGGUGGAUGUCCAGAAAGAAGCAUUGUAUUGGAAAUUCAAAGUCUGUUGGGGGAGGGGAGACUCAGGCAAAAAAGUGAUAUUCUGCAAAAAGCUUUGCUGGACAUUAAUCUGGAUGACGAUAGUAAUGCUGAUGUUUCCACAAUCGCGAAAUUUAAUCAUGAAAAUGCAUUGGAUCAAAGUCUCAAUUCAUUUGCACACAAAAAUAGAACAGCCCCAGCAUCAUCCAGCAAGUCUUGUGUUAUACAACUUUCCGAGAUCAGCGAACAAGAUUUGGAAACAAUAUACCAAGAAAUGUUUGAAGAACUUCCCGAUAGUGUUUCCAGUGGUUCGUUGCUGUUAAUGGAAAAUUUCAAUCUUACCAGGCAAAUGCAGAAAUACAUACACUACCUUUGCCCGGAGUGCGGCAAAGAGUUUAACGACCAAACUACAUGGCGUGCACAUGUCUAUGAAGCCCACAAUCUUAUAAAUGCUGUCCAAUCUAAAUUUCGUCCUUUGAAUAGUCAAAAAUCAAUGUAUCUAUGUUUAGUUUGCCAUCAAAUUCUGAAAACGACGAAACAUGCCGAUCUGCGGCGACAUCAUUUCCAGCACAUGCCCUUCCAGUCGUAUCUGAAAUGUAUUAUUUGCAGUAAGACCAAAUCGAGUAAACCCAAAAUGGUCCAACACAUGGACUAUGUCCAUCUGAUGCAUUCCCGGCGCGAGAUAAAUGCCGAACAGCCGAAAAAGUUUUCGAAAAAACACCAAUGCUUACAAUGUGAUAAGGUGUAUACGACAUUGGCCCGCUUCCGUACGCAUUGUCGUGUGUGUCCGAAACGGCUGCUGCCCCUGCCCAAGGGUAAAUUUAAUAUUGCCGAAAACGAGCGAUUAUUAGAACAUUUGAAGACGGCCAGUGAACGUCUCGAUGCAAUGCUGGAGGAGGCAAAAUCAGCAGCAUCAACAACAACAUAGUUGCUAAUGCAUGUUGAGUAAAUACUUUUGUGGCUUUAGACAAAUUUUAAUUAUAUAAAUUUAAAUUAGAUUUUGAUAAAUCAAUAAAAAAUAUGUAUCUAAAAAAUGAUUUUAUAAAUCUCAUAAA